GAUGGCAGGGAGCAGGUCGUGGGCUGAGGGUGUCCUGCAACUCCUGGGCAGGAUGAACUCCUUCCACACCUUGCAGGGUUCCUCGAAGCCGGUGUGUAAACAGUUCUGUGUUGGGGGCCAGGCAGUGGGAGUGGUGCAGCCCAGGAUGCUCCCUUUGCUGCGGGGAUACCCUGAGGUGUUCCAGAUCACCAACGGACACGUGGAGCUGAGGGACCACCUUCGCACCUUCCAGCAGCGCUCCACGGCACUGGAGCAGGUCCUCAGGGACUGGAGGGAGCGCGGGCUGUUCAACUGUCUCAGCAAAUGGAGGAAUGAGGAAUACCCGGUAAUGUCGCGGUUCUGUGACCCUCCGCUGAUGAACAUUGAACGGGCCGCUGUGGGUUUAUUUGGUGUGAGGAGCUACGGGGUCCACCUCAACGGCUUCGUCCGACAUGACGACGGGCGCAUGUCCAUGUGGAUUGGCCGUCGCACGAUCCAAAAGGAGACCUACCCCGGCCGCCUGGAUAACCUGGUUGCAGGGGGUAUCCCAGCCAGCCUCGGAGUGAUGGAGACCCUGCUGAAGGAGUGUCAGGAAGAGGCCUGCAUCCCCGACUCCAUCGCCCGGAACGCCAGGCCGGCCGGCACCAUCAGUUACACCUACGAAGAUGAUGCAGGGAUUUUCCCAGAGUGCCAGUUCGUCUACGACCUGGAGGUCCCCGUCGACUUCCGGCCUGAGGUGGGAGACGGGGAGGUGCUGGAAUUCUACCUCUGGUCCCUGGAACAGGUGAUAGAGCUACUCCCAGGUUCGGAGUUUAAACCGAACUGCGCCAUGGUGGUGUUGGACUUCGCCAUUCGGCACGGGCUGCUCCACGCCGAUAACGAACGCCAUUACCAGCAGCUGGUCGAGGGGCUGCACAGGGAGCUAUGAAGGGGACUGACUCCGAGACGCCGUGGGGGAAUCCAGCCCCCCACCCCCGGCAGCGUGUGCGGCUUUGCGAUUUUAGAUUCCCAAGUCAAUCGUGAACACAGUGGGGGGAGGAAACAUGGGAAUUUCCAGCGACUCGUCUCUCUCGGUCGGUCAGGGGCUGAGGGAUUUGCCACAGCCCACUGGGGCCUUUAGCGUCACCAACUCUU